GAAGUGCUCGCCGUCCCUUCCGGCGGCGGCACGCGGCUCCGCGGGCUGGCAUGGAGGCUGCGGCGAGCGCCGAGGCGGGCGGCGAGGGCGCUUUCACCAGCGUCCUGUCCAAGCGGGGCCGGCGGAAGCGCCGGGCGGCGGUGGUCACCAUGGACACGGCGGAGCCGCGGCCCAGCAAGAGGCCGGCCUUCCCGCCCGUGGCCGCCGAGGCGAUGGGGGUCGGAAAAAGCGAAAUGAGGAAGGUUCCCGUGCCGGCCAACAGAUACACUCCACUGAAAGAAAACUGGAUGAAGAUAUUUACCCCCAUCGUCGAGCAUUUGCAGCUUCAAAUAAGGUUUAAUUUGAAAACCAGGAACGUCGAAAUCAAGACUUGUCAAGAGACAAAGGAUCUCAGUGCUCUAACAAAAGCAGCUGAUUUUGUGAAAGCGUUUAUCCUUGGGUUUCAAGUAGAGGACGCUCUUGCUCUCAUCAGAUUAGAUGACCUUUUUCUGGAAUCAUUUGAAGUUACAGAUGUCAAACCUUUGAAAGGAGAUCACCUGUCAAGAGCAAUAGGGAGAAUAGCAGGGAAAGGUGGAAAAACAAAAUUCACGAUAGAAAAUGUAACGAGGACACGAAUUGUUCUUGCUGAUGCGAAAAUUCAUAUUUUGGGAUCUUUUCAGAACAUUAAAAUGGCACGAACAGCAAUUUGCAAUCUGAUUUUAGGAAGUCCUCCAUCAAAAGUUUAUGGCAAUAUUCGGGCAGUGGCCAGCAGAGCAGCUGAAAGAUUCUAAGCUGCCCUAUGGCUGCACCACCAAGGACUGGGAGUCAUGGUUUCUGCGUGCAUAAGAGACCUGGAGCUACCGCAGCACUUCACCUUCUGCUUGAUUUGGAAGCCCAAAAGAAAGCCGGGACUGUCUGUGCAGUCUUAAUUUCAUUCAGACAUGCUGUCUGAGUUGAACAUACUGAAUAUUUCUGUAUAGUUAUUAAAAGUUAUUUUAAAUUGGUUGUCUA